UGCUCCGGUCGUCGCUUUUCACGGCCAUCGAACACGCGAACUGCUUUCCCUCAUUUCUUAGCACGCGCGCAAAGAGACCGUCCGAGAUGAGCAACGCGGGCAACGAGAGCCCCACGCGGAAGGGUAACACCACCAGCGUGGACAUGCAAAUAUUCGCCUCCAACGGGAACACGAUCGUCGACGAGAGCUACGAUCCCCAUCUGCACCGCAACCGGCCGCAUCCGACGACCAACUUCGAAACGUUGGUCCACUUGCUGAAGGGUUCGCUGGGGACGGGCAUCCUCGCGAUGCCGCAAGCGUUCUACAACGCCGGCUACAUCUCCGGACUCAUCAACACGGUACUGAUUGGCAUCCUCUGUACGUACUGUCUGCACGUGCUCGUCCAAGCGCAAUAUAUCCUAUGCAAGCGACACCGCGUACCCAUCCUGACGUACCCCAUCUCGAUGAAGAUUGCGCUCGAGGAAGGCCCUCCGUGUCUGCGACCGUUUGCCCGUUACGCUGUUGUUAUCGUCGAUGGUUUCAUGAUAGUCUAUCAGCUAGGCAUCUGUUGCGUGUACAUCGUGUUUGUAGCGACCAACGUCAAACAGCUAGUGGACUACUACUGGCUAACGCUGGAUGUGAAAAUCCAUUGUCUCAUUCUACUGGUGCCUCUAAUAGGCAUCAAUAUGAUUCGCAACCUGAAAGUGCUCGCUCCGUUCUCGACGCUUGCUAACAUCAUCACAUUCGUUGGUAUUGGAUUGAUUCUGGCCUAUAUUCUCGACGACAUUCCAUCGAUCUCGGAGCGCGAACCGUUUGCCGAGGUUGGCAAAUUUCCACUGUUCUUUGGUACUGUCCUUUUCGCACUGGAAGCGGUCGGGGUGAUCAUUGCCCUGGAGAACAACAUGGCUACCCCGAAAUCCUUCGGCGGUACCUGUGGCGUACUUAACGUUGGUAUGGUUGUGAUCGUCGUGCUGUACGCUGGCAUGGGAUUCCUGGGAUAUCUGAAAUACGGUGCCGAUUCGGAAGGCAGUUUGACUCUAAAUCUACCACAGGAAGAAAUUAUGUCUCAAUCGAUAAGAAUUCUAUUCGCUAUAGCGAUCUUCAUCUCAUAUGCACUGCAGUGCUACGUGCCGGUGGACAUCAUUUGGAACGUGUAUCUGGUCGAAAAAUACCGCGACUCCAAUAACAAGCUGGUCUACGAGUUACUGGUCCGGAUCGUCGUAGUCAUCGUAACCUUCCUCUUGGCUGUUGCUAUUCCCCGGCUGGGUCUAUUCAUCUCGCUGUUCGGCGCCUUCUGCCUGUCCGCGCUCGGCAUAGCCUUCCCGGCGAUCAUGGAAAUCUGCGUACUCUGGCCGGAUAAGCUUGGCCCGGGAAAAUUUACGCUCUGGAAAGACAUCAUUCUGAUUCUAUUCGGUGUGGUUGGUUUGGUCGCUGGCACGUAUACGGCUGUGCGCGAUAUUAUUAUAAGUUUUAUGUAGAUCUACAAACUCCAACAGGCAUAAACAAAUCAAUUUCUCCCGACGCUUGCACUGAAACAUCGUUUGCUAACAACGAUGAAACUGUAGAUGAAAUUAUUACAGGAAAAGAAACAAAAAAAAAGCUCUCUAAUACUCAUUUAUAUAAGACGGUUGUGCGCUAAGCUUCCUAGUUGGACUACGACAACGCAACGGCGAAGCCGGUGGGAGAAGUUUCGCAAAAAAAAAACGUUCCUCCUAAUACCUGGCCACGCUGACGAACGUUUGCGCUAUGGUAGUGAGAGAUUUGUAACAUAUCAUUUGAUAGUUCUUACUGACGUAGUGUUGAUAAAUGUAUCCGAUUAGAAACUUUCUGUCGACUAUCAUUUAGUUUUCUAGUAUCCCCUAGCAUUCGGUUCAACGCAAUGAUUCCCUUCUGUUCAAACCGCAACGCAACCUCAGAAACAAAACCAAUGUUUGGAAAUCCUAGGUAUUUCCGGACGGUAAAGUAGUAUAGCUACGCCAAGCGUUAUUCAAGCACUCACAAGUUAUUGUAUCGAAAGUCGAUCGGUCGAUUUGUACAAUCAC